AUGGGUCAAACAACCUCGUCGCCUCCUACACCCUGCCGACUACAACAACUGCCAAACGAGCUCCGCAACCGCAUCUUCGCCCUCGCAGUCAUCAAAGACGGCUCGAUACUGGUCUCGAAAAAGUUCUCCGGCGGCAAAUGCGUCGUGACUCCGGCGCCUCCUCCACUCGCUCGCACAUGCCGCCAGUUCUACCACGAGGUUAUGCCGGUAUACUACGGCAACAACACCUUCAUCGCCUAUGGAUCUGUCCGCACACAUCCCAAGAUGCCCAACAAGUUCGAGGAGAUGUCAAGAUGGCUCAGGGACGCAGAAGCUCGAGCAGUGAUGUUGGACAAGCAGCAGCGGGACGGCACAGUGAGGCAUGUCAAGCUGGUCAUCUCGCAUCUUCCAUACGACUUCGCAUGUGGCGAUCUGCGACGCUGGGGCACAUUCAUGAUUCACAUCGAGGAUGGCAACAUCGAGGUCGAGUCCAGCGGUAUCUUGCAGGCGAAGUGUAUCUGCGUUCCUCGUCAAUUGGCUUCGCAAUACAGGGGCCAGCUGACGGAGUUUGUGGCGAAGCUCGAGAACCAUUGUACUGAGCAUCUGCUCUUCAGCAAGCUCUCGUACCGCGAGUCUGAGGAGUAUUGCUGGCAGUGUGGUAUGCUGCGAACUGUGCCUCGAGCAUACGGAGGCUGA